AUGGCUGAUAAAGAACAAAUUGCAAUGCCUUAUUUAAAUUUUACAUUUCAGAAUAUGUAGAAUAUUAAAUAUAGCGAACAUUUGACUCCUUAAAAACAUAGAUCCAUGGAAUAAUUAUUAAAAUCCCCCGGGAUUCAAGAAUUAGUCAAAGAUUCUAUUAAAUCAGUUUUAAAUAAUCCAAACCAUAUAACAUAAUAUCGAUAUGAAAACCAUGAGAGAUCUGAAAGUCCAAUGCCUUCAUCUUAAUUACCAAAACUUGAGAGAUACAACAAUACGAAUGUGUUGAAGCAGAUUCAUCAUCUUAAAUAAAAGAAGAAUGCCAAUUCUCCAAAAUCAUAUAAAAAAUCUUACAAUCUUCAUCAAAAGUUUAAGUAGGGUCGAUUCUUAUAGAUGUUUCCAUAAGUUGAUGGUUAGAAUACCCUAAAUAUACAAUCGAAGCCCAUCCAUGUGAUAAAAAGAAUUAAGCUAUAGGAGGCAUUUCUAAAUAAUUCUAUGGAUGCUAGAGCAGAGAGAGAUAUAAUUGAAAAGUUAAAAUAAAAGAUGGAAUCGGACAAACAAAACAGAUUAAAUGAAAUUGAAACAGUAAAGGCUUUGAAAUUGAUAGAACCUCGUAAAAAUUCUUAAAUGCUUAAAACAUCUCGAAAUUCUAAAUUUGAAAAUAUGUCGAAUGUAUCUGGAAUGACUUAGUCAUAAUUAAUACCUUAAUUAACUGGUCCUGUUAUACUGUAACCAUUAUAAUAGUAACAAUAACAAUAAUAAUAAUAAUAAGGGACUAAAUAAAAAAAAAAAAAAUAAAAAAAAUUUGAUGGAAUAUAUUUUAUAGAUCCAAAAUAUCCUUAAGAUGUUGUAUUCUAAGAAAAAUAUGCUUCGAUGAGACACUAUUUUAAUAUUUUGAAUCUUUCAAAUUGUAUAUUUGUUUAACCAACAGUAAAUAUUUAUAAGGCAUAUGUUGGGAAAGGGAAUAACGGAGUGUUGGUUAGAUAAAUUUUAAAAUCUCGAUGGUGGUGGAGUAUACAAGAUGAAAUGGAAUAAUGUCAUUUUGUAUGGACUCAAUUAAAGGUGAAUUCGAUUCAUGAGAAUAUGAAAUCAUUGAAUAGAAAUCCCAAUGAAUAAAAUACAUGUUAGAGUGCUUCCUCUUCAAUUACAACAAUAGGUUCAAUGGGACUAAAUAAAUAAGAUGAUUAAAGUGAUAACGAAUAACAAAUUAAAAAUAAUAAAAUAGUGAAUUCACAAUGGAGCAAGUUUUUAUCAAAUAAUGAGAUUAGAUAAUAUAGUCAGAUAUUGAAUGGUUAGGGAAGAGCCUCGAAACUAUUAACUUUAGAAUAAGCACAGAAUAUAAAGAUAAAAUUAUCUAUUUACAAUGAGCCAAUAAAAGUUCAUAAUCAUUUGGAAAAUAAUUUUCAUUUGGGUAAUAAGAAAGCUCUUUUUUACAAUAUGAAGGCUUAUUAUGAAUCAUAAAACAUUAAUGUCUUUGACAAUUUACCAGUCACUUAUCACAUCAAGAGCUUAGAUGGUCCAGAAUAUAAAUAAUUUUUGGAUGCCUACAGAGAGAGAUAAUAAUUAAUAAAUACUGAACAGGAAAAACGAAGAAACAUUUGGAUAAUCAAACCUGGAGAAAUUACAAAUAGAGGGAAUGGAAUAAAGAUUUCUGAAGAUUUGAAUGAAAUAUAAGAAAUGCACAAGAAUGGGAGUUACAAGACAUUUAUUGUUUAAUUGUAUAUUGAUCGACCAUUACUUUAUAAUAAAAGAAAAUUUGAUAUUAGAUGUUACAGUUUAUAUGUCUCUGUUAAUGGAAACCAAAAAGGUUAUUGGUAUACUGAAGGUUAUGUUAGAACAUCAAGUAAGGAAUUCUCUAUGAAAAAUUUGACAAACAAAAUGAUUCAUCUCACUAACGAUGCUGUAUAAAAGAAAGGAGAGGAUUAUGGAAAAUAUGAAAAAGGGAAUAAAGUCAGUUUUGAAGAGUUCGCUGUAUAUAUUGAGAAUUUAGGAGGAGAUUUUACAAAAAUUUAUUAAAAAAUGAAAUAAAUGGCAACUGAUUAAUUUAGAGCAGUUUAUGGUAAAAUGGAUUAGAAUAAGAAAGAGAACACUUUCGAAAUAUUUGGGUUAGAUUUUAUGAUUGAUGAUACAUUUAAAGUAUUAAUGAUCGAAGCCAAUACUAAUCCAUCUAUUGAGAUCUGCUGUCCACUACUGUCCAAAUUGAUUCCUCAAAUGUUGGAUAAUGCAUUCAAGAUAUCCUUAGAUCCAAUAUUUCCACCACCCAAUUUUUACAAUCCUAAGAAGAUAGUGUGUGAUAAUUAUCUUGAGAAUAAGUUUGAAUUGGUUUUUGAUGAAGUAACCGAUGCACCUCUCUUAAAUCAAAGUUAACAAAAUUAUGAUAUUGGCCUUAUUGAAGAAGAAUCUGAAGAAGAAGAAGAACCUUAAUGA